AUGAACGGACACGACCCCGAGCGCCAGGCAUUGCUACCGCCUCCCAAUACGAGACAAGAUACCGAUGUUCAGCACCAGGCUGUUGACAGUGUUUUGGCCAGGCAGGAGCUAAGGCCACGGGACCCGCCGCUCUGGGGACUUGCCGCUAUUUCUUUGCUUGUUACAGUCGGUUACACCUGGUACACCGUCUUGGUCCACGCAGACCCGGUGGAACUUGGGUGGUUUGCCUUCCACCCCAUGCUUCAAACCGCUGCUGUGUUCGCAUUUGCGAUGGGAGUCAUGACGCUCCAGCCUACCCUCAGUGCUGCGUCCAAAGAAGCAGGAAGAGCCCGCCACCAGAAGAUCCAGCUCGGAUUGGGCUUCCCGCUCAUUCUCCUCGGAUCCCUUUCUGUUAUCGUCCACAAGGAGAAAAUGGGGUGGCCUCAUUUUACCAGUCUUCAUUCGAAAGUUGGACUCGCCACAUUGAUUCUGUUGGUUCUUCAAGCCCUGGCAGGUGGGGCCUCCCUUUGGGGUAAGGGCGUUGCGGUAGGAGGAGAAGAACGAGGCAAGUCCCUCUGGAAGUGGCACAGACUCUGGGCUACAUCAUCAUCCCGAUGCUCCUGGUUACCGUCCUCUUGGGAGGUACGACUACGUACUGGGCCAAGAUGA